CUGGAGGGCCGCCAGUUUGACACCUGUGGUCUAGAUAAUGCUGGACGGGAGGAGCCGGUACACCUGUGCAAAACUGAAGGGGAAGAGCCGGGACACCUGUGCAAGACUGAAGGGGAGGAGCCGGGACACCUGUGCAAGACUGAAGGGGAGGAGCCGGUACACCUGUGCAAGACUGAAGGGGAGGAGCCAGGACACCUGUGCAAAACUGAAGGGGGAGCCGGUACACCUGUGCAAGACUGAAGGGGAGGAGCCGGUACACCUGUGCAAGAGAAGGGGAGGACCGGUACACCUGUGCAAGACUGAAGGGGAGGAACUGGGACACCUGUGCAAGACUGAAGGGGAGGAGCUGUGACACCUGUGCAAGACUGAAGGGG